GUUUAUCACUUUUAUAAAUGCCCACCUCUUAGCCCCAACUUGCUUCCAUUUUCUGCAUCUCUCCUACUCAGAUUCGUAGGAACAAAGAAGAGAGAAACCCCAGAGCAAAAGAUCCUUACUUUCUCUCCUUAAUAACUACUAUCUCUACAACCCCUACUUUGGUUUAUUUCCUCCCAAGCUAGCUAGGCAGCAGCUAUGGCAUACCAAAAUGAACCCCAAGAGAGCUCUCCCCUGAGGAAGCUGGGGAGGGGAAAGGUGGAGAUCAAGCGGAUCGAGAACACCACCAAUCGCCAAGUCACUUUCUGCAAAAGGCGGAAUGGUUUGCUCAAGAAAGCCUAUGAAUUAUCUGUUCUUUGCGAUGCUGAGGUUGCACUCAUCGUCUUCUCCAGCCGUGGACGCCUUUAUGAGUACUCUAACAAUAGUGUCAAAUCUACAAUUGAAAGGUACAAAAAGGCAUGUGCAGAUUCUUCCAACAACGGGUCAGUUUCUGAAGCCAAUGCUCAGUUCUAUCAGCAAGAAGCUGCCAAGCUGCGCUCGCAAAUUGGUAAUUUGCAGAAUUCAAACAGGAAUAUGCUGGGUGAAUCACUUAGUGCAUUGAGUGUGAAGGAACUUAAGAGCUUGGAGAUAAAACUUGAGAAAGGAAUUGGUAGAAUUCGUUCGAAAAAGAAUGAGCUGUUGUUUGCUGAAAUUGAGUAUAUGCAGAAGAGGGAGAUUGACUUGCACAACAAUAACCAGCUUCUCCGAGCAAAGAUUGCAGAGAAUGAAAGAAAGCGACAGCACAUGAAUUUGAUGCCGGGAGGUGUCAACUUCGAGAUCAUGCAGUCUCAACCAUUUGACUCUCGGAACUAUUCUCAAGUUAAUGGAUUGCCGCCUGCCAAUCAUUACCCUCAUGAAGACCAGCUCUUCAGUUAGUUUAAAAAGCACCAAGUGCAGCAACUCCUCGCAUUUCCAUAUUCCAUGGAGAGUACCUACUAUUUCACUGAGCGCAAAAGCUGCAAGUACGCUAAAACAAAAAUCUGAAGUAGCGUAACUCAAAUUUGUGCCGGUGGAGAGCCUAGUACUCUUCCUCCAUGUAUUGCUUUUCCAGUCCCAGUUAAGACAUAACAAAUGUCAGAUAAGGAUUUCUUUUCUGCAUGUUUCAUGAAGGCACUAAGAUGCUGUGACAGUACUUGUGACUAACUUAUUAUAUAUUUUGUCUUAUAUUUCUUAUCUUUCAUCUUGUAAUAUUUCUUCGCGUAUCUAGUAUUGCUUUUCAUUCAAACCCUUCCGUGACCCAGAAUCAGGACUACUGCCUUAGCAUGCUGUUCAUCAGCGGUACAUGUAAUAGAGGCCUCUAUAUUUUGCUGCCAGCUUAAUAUACAGUUUACAUCUUUCAUGUGUGA